AACUGAUAAAGCCCAUCACUGGUUAGUUAAACUGAUAACGUUCCCUCUCUAAACACAAAAAUGGCAACUUGUGCUUCGCUUUUUAGCAAUACCCAAUUAAGAGGAUGGAGGCCUUUGAUGCACAAGAAACACAGAUUCAAUUUUUCUGAAAGGUUUGACUAUCCAAACAACCGAAAUCCAAGUGACGAUCAUCAAGUUUCAACGUCUAGCAUUUGUCAUUCUGCAGUAAACAUGGAGCUACUGCAAACAUGUGCAACUCUUACAAAGAUCCCUUUAAACAGUUACGAGGAUAUUCAAAAUAUGAAUAUCAAUUUAAUGGCAGCAUAUGAAGCUAAUCUCAUUCCGAGUUUGAUGUUGGCCGAUAUAGACCCUGCCACGGCAAAGCUAGCAAUAAGUUUUUUAGGACCAUUUUUAUCAGCUUUUGGGUUUCUCUUUAUUGUGAGAAUAGUAAUGUCUUGGUACCCGAAAAUUCCUGUUGGGAAAUUUCCAUACGUAAUAGCUUACGCUCCUACGGAACCAAUUCUUGGUGUAACCCGGAAAGUGAUUCCACCGGUAGGAGGAGUGGAUGUGGCUCCUGUAAUCUGGUUUGGGUUAACAAGCUUUUUAAAUGAAAUAUUGCUUGGACCACAAGGACUUUUAGUUCUUAUUUCUCAACAACAGGUUAGCUGAUGCAUUGUAUUUCAGAUGGAUGUUACAUGUUUUUGUUAUACAAAUAGGAGGAUUCUUCACAAUUUGUAAGUUAUGUAUGUACACAUUUUUACAGAGUUUGUCUUCUUCCUAAAUUUAAUUAGUUUUAAGAA